UUCCUCUAUUAUCUAUAAAAAACCGGAUACCGGAAAACAUUGUUUAUUGAAUAUUGAUACUCGAGACUUUUCUGUCUUCUGUGACUACUACUUGAAUUUUUAGCGUGUGGUGGAAAGUGGUCAGUGGACGAUUUGAUUUAGGACGUGUUAUUAGCUACUUCGUAUGCCGAAAGUUCGCAGAAGUCGUAAACCUCCUCCGGAUGGGUGGGAACUAAUAGAACCUACGCUAGAAGAAUUGGAACAGAAAAUGAGAGAAGCUGAAACCGAAUCUCAUGAAGGAAAACGUAAAGUUGAGGCACUGUGGCCGAUUUUCAAAAUUCAUAACCAAAAAUCAAGAUAUAUUUACGAUUUGUUUCAUAGACGUAAAGCUAUUUCUAGAGAAUUGUAUGAUUUUUGCUUACAAGAAAAAAUUGCUGAUCAAAAUUUAAUAGCUAAAUGGAAAAAACAAGGUUAUGAAAACUUAUGUUGUCUUCGUUGUAUUCAAACAAGGGAUACAAAUUUUGGUACUAGCUGUAUAUGCAGAGUCCCAAAAUCUAAACUAGAAGAAGGUCGAAUUGUGGAAUGUGUGCAUUGUGGAUGUAGAGGUUGUUCUGGCUAAUUAAACACUGAACACUGAAUAAAUGAUAAUUGUAUUACUUUUAUUCUUAAUACUUGUAAAAUAAAUGUAUUUCUUUAUUAA